GUUGUGAUUGUGGUUCUUGGUGACUUGGGACACUCUCCGAGAAUGGCAUACCAUGCCAGGAGUUUCCAAAAGCUAGGUUAUCAGGUAAAUCUUUGUGGCUACCUCGAAAGUGAUCUUCCCGAGUUCCUCUCAUCGCCAGAUAUCUCGAUCUAUGAUAUUCCUGUCAUAAAAAAUACGAAAAAGUUACCUUACCUUAUGUUUGCCAUCUGCAAAGUGAUUUCGCAGAUUGUGGAACUGACAACAUUGCUGAAAGAUGUUUUGGAUGAUAGUACACGGUUUGUUCUAAUACAGAACCCACCGUCACUUCCUGUGCUCUUCAUUCUUGGGGUGCUUAAGAGAUACUGGGUGCCAAAUGUCAAAAUUGUGAUUGACUGGCACAAUUUGAAUUGGAGCAUUUUGAAUAUGAAGUAUCAAAAUGAGAACCACCCGGUGGUUAGGCUAAUGAAACUGUAUGAAAAACUUUGCAGCACUUACUUUGCAGACUUGAACCUGACAGUCACUGCAGCUCUGAAAAAAUAUUUGAUCAAGCAGUUUGAACUUAAUGAAGACAAGAUCGUCACUCUCUACGAUCGUCCGAGUAGCAUUUUUGAGCCUUUAAACUCUCAACAAUCUCUACAAAAGAUUGUAAACAAGAAUUUAGCUUUGUUCUCUGAACUCGGUUACAAUCAGGUCACCGAUAGAAUCCUCAUCACUUCUACAUCAUUUACUCCAGACGAGGAUUUUACUGUCCUUGUGGAUGCCUUGGUGGAACUAGAGAAGACGAUGCUUUUGCAGAAAUCAAAAUUGAAGAUUAUAAUGAUAGUCACAGGAAAAGGACCUAUGCAGCCACAAUUUUUGCAUUCAAUAAAAUCUCAUAAUUGGGAACAUAUUAAAAUCAGGUCUGUUUGGCUUCCUAUCACAGAGUACCCAAAUAUCUUGAAGAUUGCGGAUCUCGGAAUAUCUUUGCAUUACUCAUCUUCCGGUCUUGAUCUUCCUAUGAAGAUUGUAGAUUUGUUUGGCUCUGGUGUGCCUGUUUUGAGCAUGAACUAUCCUGCAAUCAGUGAACUUGUGAAAGAUGGUGUGAAUGGCAUGACAAUGCAAAGAAACAAAGAUGGCAAAGAAAUGGCAGACAAAAUUUACAACAUCUUUUUCAAUGACAAACCAUCCUACAUUAAAAUAAAAGAGGGGGCUCUUUUAGAAAGCCAAAGGCGCUGGGAUAAUGAGUGGAACGAAAAGCUUUCCAAGAUGUUU